AUGGACUACCGGCAGCUGCUGAUGAGUCGGGUAGUUCCCGGGCAGUUCGACGACGCGGAGUCCUCCGACAGUGAAAACAUUGACUUGAAGACAGUCAAAGAGGGAGAUGGCAUUCUGUUUGAACACUUUCAAAAUAAUGUGAAUGAGAAGAUGGAUGAAGAUGAGAUAGAAGAUGAGGAAGAAGAGGAGGAUUAUGAUGAUGAAGAUGAUUGGGACUGGGUUGAUGGAGUUGGAAAACUCACCAAAUGUUAUAUCUCUAAUGGAGGAAGUAACCCACAGGCAAAUCGACAGCCUUCCAACUAUAAUUCAGCCAAAAUGUCUACUCCAGCAGACAAGGCCUUACGGAAAUAUGAGAAUAAAAUUAAUCUAGAUAAGUUAAAUGUUACUGAUUCUGUCAUAAAUAAAGUCACUGAAAAGUCUAGACAAAAGGAAGCAGAUAUGUAUCGCAUCAAAGAUAAGGCAGACAGAGCAACGGUAGAACAGGUGUUGGAUCCCAGAACACGAAUGAUAUUAUUCAAGAUGUUGACUAGAGGAAUCAUAUCAGAGAUAAAUGGCUGCAUUAGCACAGGAAAAGAAGCUAAUGUAUACCAUGCUAGCACAACAAAUGGAGAGAGCAGAGCAAUCAAAAUUUAUAAAACUUCUAUUUUGGUGUUCAAAGAUCGGGAUAAGUAUGUAAGUGGAGAAUUCAGAUUUCGUCAUGGCUAUUGUAAAGGAAACCCCAGAAAGAUGGUGAAAACUUGGGCAGAAAAAGAAAUGAGGAACUUGAUCAGGCUGAACACAGCAGGGAUCCCAUGCCCAGAACCCAUCCUGCUACGAAGUCAUGUUCUCGUCAUGGGUUUCAUUGGUAAAGAUGACAUGCCAGCACCCCUCUUGAAAAACAUCCAAUUAUCAGAAUCCAAGGCUCGUGAGUUGUACUUGCAGGUCAUUCAAUACAUGAGAAUAAUGUAUCAGGAUGCCAGACUGGUCCAUGCAGAUCUCAGUGAAUUUAACAUGCUGUACAGUGGUGGGGGUGUGUACAUCAUUGACGUCUCUCAGUCUGUGGAGCAUGACCACCCACAUGCCUUGGAGUUCUUGAGAAAAGAUUGUGCUAAUGUCAAUGAUUUCUUUUUAAAGCACAACGUUGCUGUGAUGACUGUGCGGGAGCUCUUUGAAUUUGUCACAGACCCAUCAAUUACACAAGAGAACAUGGAUGCUUAUCUCUCAAAGGCCAUGGAAAUAGCAUCUCAAAGGACCAAGGAGGAAAGGUCCAGCCAAGAUCAUGUGGAUGAAGAGGUGUUUAAGCGAGCAUAUAUUCCUAGAACCUUGAAUGAAGUAAAAAACUAUGAGAGGGACAUGGAUAUAAUGAUGAAAUUGAAGGAAGAGGACAUGGCCAUGAAUGCCCAACAAGAUAAUAUUCUAUAUCAAACCGUCACAGGAUUGAAGAAAGAUUUGUCAGGCGUUCAGAAGGUCCCUGCACUCCUAGAAAAUCAGGUUAAAGAAAAGGAUUGUUCUGAUUCAGAAGAUGGUGGAAUUUCUGAGUGUUCUGAUGCGGGUUCUGAAGAGCAGGGAGACCAUGCCUGUUCCAAGAAACCCACCACUGAUCUUGAAGUUGAUAAAAAGGAAAGAAAAAAGAUGGUCAAGGAAGCCCAGAGAGAGAAAAGAAAGAACAAAAUUCCUAAACAUGUGAAAAAAAGAAAGGAGAAGACAGCCAAGACAAAGAAGGGCAAAUAG